AUGGCUCGCGGCAGGAGGAACUCUUCGCGCAUCGUCCUCGUCCUGGGUGCUGGGGUGGCGGCCUAUGUCACUGCCAACUCACUUCCUGGCUUCGCUUUCACCGGUCUUGGACGCGCUGCAAGCAUGGGCCUUCAGCAGACGACACGGUCAUCAGUGACAGGAGCAGAACGCCCUGUGCAAGCUUUGCCCAGCCGGCCGGCCCUGCCAGUUGGCAUCGAGGAGGUAACCACCACCAGCUCUUUGCUGGGGAGCAUGGGGCCCUUGGGUGUUGCUGGUCAAGCUGUGGCUGGCCUUGCUGCGCUGUACAUCAUCAUGUCCUUUUGCGAAUAUGUGUACCAUCGCUACUUCCAGCAUUUGGGACUGAACAAAGUCGACGCCGUUCGGGCUGUCCGAUCCACUCUCAACUUGUCCACUUUCCGCGGCGAUGGCCAUGUGGAGCAUCAUCGGGAGACAGUCGAGGAAGACAUGAGCCUUACUAUUGAACCUGGACGCGACCCAAUCUUGGACAUGGACCCCUGGAGAGGUACGUGCUUCCCAUGGGAUGGUUUCGCGAAGAUGAGCGCUGGUGUCAUGCUCCUUGCCUACCCGACCCUGACCUUGCUGGGCUGGUCCGGCUUCGUCAUUGUCCCCGUGGUCAUGACCGCGAUGAUUCUCCAUGCCUUGGUAUGGAACGCUCUUCACCCGAACAUGCAUGGCCUGGAAGAUGUCCCGGUGGAGGUUGGUGCGCCAAGCUGGGUCCUCGCUGGCUUGCGCGACUCCGCAGUGUUCAACUACCUGCGCACGAAUCACGAAGGCGCUGGGCGCAAUGGCCACGACACCCAGCGCUUUGAUGUUGGUGAAGAUCCAGACAAUGUGCGGUCUUGCUUCCUGGAGCACGAUAUAGAUGUUGGCGUGUAUGGCAUCAGGUUCUUCCUGGACGGGGAGUGGUAUCACACGAUCAUUGAUGACUGGAUGCCCGUUGACCAGUAUGGCCGGCUGCUGUAUGCCAAGAGCUACGACCAUGACGAAGUGUGGGUGCCACUUCUGGAGAAAGGUUUCUGCAAGAUGCAUAGAUGCUAUGAGAUGUGCGACGGCGGUUUGCCUGGAGAGGCCGUCUCACUCCUUUUCGGCGGUGCCAUGGGCAAGUUAGGCUCCGAGAAGUCACCUCAGCCAGCAGUUGGCGCCAUGUACAAAAAGCAGAUGGAGAACCGGCUGCGCCAAUGGACCAGCAGAUUUGCCGCGUCCGGCGUUAUGGGAUGCCUCGUUCUCUGGGGCAUGCGACGCCUUUUGCGCCGGGAGUGGUUGAGAGCUGUGAGUUGUCAAAAUGUCACAGAAGGGAUCGGCUCCAGUGUCCGAUCGGUGCUCGCAAACACCUUCACCUCCUUCGGGGCUGCUGCUGCGGCAAGCAAUGAAAGAUCACGCUCGGCCCUGGUGGACGAGUCCAUGGAGCCUCGUGCAGAGGAGCUGGAGCUUCCGCUGCCGCUUCAGAGCAAAGUCUUGAGGCACAUCUCCUUUUAUGAUGUUUAUGAUGUCGGCGACGAGGAGGUGUUGGGCACUGGAAUGCAUGGCGCUGUCUUGGUGGCCAAGCAUCGCAAGAGUGGUCGCAGGGUGGCUGCAAAGUGUCUGGAGGGUGCAGAAGGGCCGUUGCCAGACGAGGUCAGCUUGUAUCUCCGACUCUCACAUCCCAACAUCUGCCGACUGCUGCAGGCCUUCGUGGAAAAGAACGGCGACAUCUGGCUCUGCAUGGAGCUGUGCUCAGGAGGUGAGCUGUUCGAGCUGGCGGCCGGAACUUCAUCCGUUGUGCGGCAAGGGCUUGCCAUGCUGGACACAGAGGCCAGAAUAGCAGUGCUGGUGAAGCAAAUGGCUGCUGCCAUACGCUACAUCCAUAGCAUGGGCAUGGUGCACCGCGACAUCAAGUUGGAAAACUGGGUCUUUGCAUCGCCGGCACAGGAAAGGCUUAAGCUUAUUGACUUCGGCUUGGCCACAGCGUACAUCGCCGGCAAGGAUGACAAAGGGCGCACUCAGAAGCUGAACCAGAUGUGCGGAACUUGCUACUACGUCGCACCUGAAGUAAUUGGAUUGAAGGAUGGCGCAAUUUGCAAGGGCGAUGGGUAUGGACAAGAGGUAGACAUUUGGGCUCUCGGAGUGCUCGUGUACAUGCUCGUCAGUGGAAUGCCUCCAUUCAACGGCAAGUCGCACGCCGAUGUGAUCUGGAAUAUUGCGAACUUUAAGUUCUGCGAUGACCCGCUGGCAGACGCUUUUGUGGGGCCACGAUGGGAAAACGUCUCGCCACAGUGCAAGGACUUGAUUCGACGGUGUAUGGAGCGGGACCCUCAGAAGAGGCUGACGGCUGCUGGUGUCCAGGUGCAUCCAUGGCUCUGCCAAGUCGGGCCGAAGGGGCCCGUGGCACCGGUGACCCUCGCACCAAUCCUCAAGGAUCUUUGCUUCGCUGGAAAUCGCAUGGCUACUUGUGGAGUGCUGGCGCAAAUCUGCUGUAGUCUUGCAUCGACCAUUUACUUGUCUCCGGAGACAUGGACAGAGUACAAGGACCACUUCGCAAAGCUCGAGUGCCUGGAAACCCUGGCACCCAAGGGUUCGCUCUCGGUUAGCAAGCUGGUGUCUGCCUUCGAGGAGGCAAUGGCCAACAAGACUGGACUUUACCAAAAGCCUGCAGAGCUGAAGGAAGUGGAUUCCUUUCGAGCCAUAUCCUCUUUGGAUAUUACGGGUGAUGGGCGGCUACACUUCUUCGAGUUCUUGGGUGCCAUGAUUGCUGCGGGGCGGAUUCAGAUUCAUGAGCACGAUAUCGCCGAUGUGUUCGCGGCGUUCGAUGUGGAUCGUGACGAUGUGAUCUCUGAGCAAGACAUGGCCAGCUUCAUCCACAAUCACAGCAUGGUUCUGUCCAACACUGUGCAAAGUGCCGAGAAGCUCCAGCUUCCAAUCAAAGAUCAUGACCUGCUCCUGGAGGCUCUCAACAGGAAACCUACAUGGGGCGCAUCCGAGAAGCCGCAGGCUGUUGAGCGAGUGGCGAACUCGCCAAGCCCAUCACCCCAGGCCGCCCCGAGCGGCGCCGGCAUGCAGCGUCUCUUGAGCAAGGCCAAGCUACAAAUGGAGUGGAAGGUGCAGCGUCAGGUCGCUUUUGCAGAUGUUCGAUCAGCAGUCAAGCUGAAAAGCCUGAACCGCGGCUGGCGCACGCCCGACCCAUCUCCGACGCGAAUUGACAAGGAAAGCUCGCCUGAGAACGGGGUCGGCUUAGUUGGCCGGAACCGUGGGAAGAUGGCCCAAAGCAUGUUGACCUUGACGGACCUUGACAAGAAAUGA